GUCUUCCGGUACCCGUUGCUGUCAAAAUGGCUCGUCUACUGUCAUUUCAUAUCGCAGUUAUUUCUGCUGUUUUAUUCUUUUUAUGCACGAAUUUUGUCUGCUGCAACAACGGCAGAAGGGUUGGAGAUUCAUUAGAGUCUGAGUUCGGCGGCUUCUCUGUGCCUCUUGAACAUUCAUUUGAAGUCGAUGAUGUAGCUAAAUUUCGGACACGUGGAGCACUGAUAUUAAAAGCUGGACGGGAGCCGGGCGUCUCACUGAGUCAGAACCAGCUAUCAGAGGAGGACAGAGCCAAACUGAAGGAAGUGGCAGCCGUGGACGGUCUGUACAGAAUCAGAGUGCCUCGUGUUUUCCUGCAGUCGGACCGACAGACAGAGCGGCAGAUGGAAGGACACCUCACAGCGUUUGUCAGAGCUUGUGCCAUGGUUGAGUCCCAUCUGAGCGACGUGAUCAGCCUCCACACCGACGUCUCCGGGUACCUCAUCGGCGUUUCCAUAGUGACGUUACCUGGAGCCUGCAGGGGCACCGAGGUGGAGGAUGAGGUCGAUCUGGAGGUUUUCAACACCACACUCAGCUUCGUGGCUCCCGUCAACGCCCCUGGACCUGAGACGGCUCUGUUCCUCGAACGAUUGGAACAAGAAACAGAGAAGAAAGGGAAGAAUCCACAAGAGCAGAAGUCUUUCUUUGCUAAAUACUGGAUGUACAUCGUGCCUCUCGUUCUCUUCCUGAUGAUGUCCGGUGCUCAGGACCAAUCAGGAGGAGGAGCCGGGGGCGGAGCAGCUAACGGAGGUGGCCGAUGAUCAACAAGCUAACACACCUUUCUUUCUUUUUUGUCUUUUUUUUUUUUUUUGUGGACAUUUAUUGAACAAUAACUCUCUUGGAACAGUUUUUAAUUGCUGUACAUAACGCUAUUUAAGGAAGAUUAACGUCCGUCUCAUACAGUGUAGAGAAGAUAAUGUGCCCUGCUGAUGAAUGCGUUUUAAUAUUAAUGUGAAAAUAAAGUAUUUAUUACUUG